AUGGCUAGACUUACGGUCCUUAUUACUGGUUGCACAAAGGGGGGUAUCGGGUAUUCACUGGCCAAAGAAUUUGCCACUCGAGGCUAUCACGUUUAUGCUAGCGCACGCCGCAUUACAGCUAUGGACGAUCUGGUCAAUGUACCAAACAUCACUGCUAUCGCCUUGGAUGUAACUAAGCGCGAUUCGCUUCUCCAAGCUCACGCCCAGAUUGCUCGUGAGUCCAAUGGCAAGCUCGACAUCCUUUACCAUAAUGCCGGGUACCGCACCCUCGGUAUGGCUAUCGAAACUUCCCGUGAGGAAGCCUUUAAGAUGUUCAAUACCAAUCUGUUGGGUAUUGUGGAGAUGAACACAAUUUUCGCUGAGCUUAUCAUAGCCUCAAAAGGCAAGAUUGUAUUCACAGGCUCAGUCUCAGGUUAUACACCACAUCCUACACAGUCUGUCUACAACGCAUCGAAAUCUGCAGUUCAGCUAUACGCUAGAACAUUGCGAACGGAGAUGAAGCCUUUUGGAGUGCGCGUCAUUUUUGUUCAAACCGCUGGUGUUAAGACUGGAAUGUCCAUCGAACGUCUCACUAUAGCUCCCAGCUCAUAUUACAAAUAUCUUGAGGCCAAGAUAGAUACCGCUUGGGCAAGCUUUGAGGCUGAUGCCUUGGAUCCCGACAUCUAUGCGAGAACUGUGGUCACAAAAAUUAUCAAAAAUGACCCCCCGAAUACUAUCUGGUGUGGGAGUGGUGCAUUUACUGUCUGGUUAAUCGAAACCCUUGGCGCACAUUGGGUAUAUGAACUUGUAUUCUCGAAAAUGUUUGGGUUAGAUACGGUUAGAGUUGCGGCCUAA